AUGAGGUUAUUAUCCCUCUUAGCCUUGACCCCAUUGGUGUCUGCUCUUGCCAACUACACCAAUUCCACCAACUCCAGUUCAGUGCUGAUCGAGUCCAAUGCCGACGACUUCCAGUAUCGAGGAGUUGCGCUUGGGGGCUGGCUCGUCCUCGAGCCAUACAUCACUCCGUCGUUGUUCGAAGCUUUCAACGGUUCCGAAGUCCCUGUCGAUGAGUACCACUUUUGUGAGCAGUUGGGAGAAGAAGAGGCUACCAAGAGAUUGAACAAGCACUGGAGCACUUUCUACUCCGAGGAUGAUUUCAAGGCAAUUAAGAGCUAUGGGUUGAACAUGGUCAGGAUUCCCAUCGGGUACUGGGCCUUCCAGACCUUGGAAUCAGAUCCAUACGUCGGCGGAGCCCAGAGCUACUUGGACCAAGCCAUUCAAUGGGCCCAGAUGAAUGAACUCAAGGUUUGGAUCGACUUGCACGGCGUUCCUGGCUCCCAAAAUGGAUUUGACAACUCGGGACUUCGUGACAUAGGAUAUCCUGGAUGGUUCAACAGUACUGAAAAUCUCGAUCUUACUUACAAGGUGUUGCACCAGAUUUUUGUCAAGUACGGUGGUGGAGUGUUUGGUCAAAAAUACAAGGACACCAUCUUAGGGAUUGAGGUAGUUAACGAACCGUUCAGUCCCGUUUUGGGCUUGGAUGAAAUCGCUGAAUUUUACACCACUGCAUAUGAGGAGGCCAGAAACAUCCAGGUCAUCAACAACACCAUCAUUUUCCAUGAUGCUUUCGCAAGGAUUGGUUACUGGAACGAGUUUAUGUCUGACAGAAGCCCAACCGGUAACAAUACCAAUGAAAACUAUAAUAUUUUAAUUGACCAUCAUCACUAUGAGGUUUUUGGGGAAGGUGUGAAAAACAACAUUACUACUCACUUACAAAAUAUCGUGAAUUACGCCAGUUCCAUAGAGGAAGAAUUAACUCAUCAUCCUGCAGUAGUCGGUGAGUGGUCGGCAGCAUUAACCGACUGUACCCCUUGGUUAAACGGGAUCGGGUUAGGCUCAAGGUACGCUGGUGAACAGCCAUACAAUUUCAACAAGACCGGAAGUUGUGAGAAUAUCAAUAACUUCCAAAAAUGGUCCAAGCAACAGAAGAAGAACUACCGUAAGUUUAUUGAGAUUCAGCUAGACCAAUACACCUCCAAGACUCGUGGAUACAUUUUCUGGUGCUUUAAGACAGAAGAUACCAUUGAGUGGGAUUUCAAGAGGCUUGUUGAAUUGGAUUUGAUGCCUCAGCCUUUAAACAACUUCACUUACAUUGUCAAUGGUACCGAUACCGAUCGCAAGAAGAAUAUGGGUAUGAAAAACGGUGUCAGUGGUUUAUUGGCCUUAGCCAACUUGAUGCUUCUUGCUAUUUUCUUGUAG